AUGCCUUCUUUACACCUCACACCGCUGUCUGCCCUGCGCAUAAGCGCACACUACAUUCCCUCUCAUGCCCUAAUUCCAAACACAACACCACGCGGCCACCCGCUUAUAAUCUACCAUUCGGCUUUUCCUCCAUCAACUUCUCCUUCGACUCUAGAAGCCCAUGUCCCUCGCAACGGUCUUUCCCCCCAGUGGCGCUACACAAUGUACUCGACGACACACUACCACUCGACAACGCAUGAGUUUCUGUGUAUUUUUUCUGGGCGUGCACAGCUACUAUUCGGAGGAGAAUCUAAUCCUGGCAAGAUAGAAGCCGAAGUAAGCGCGGGAGAUGCUGUGCUUGUGCCGGCUGGAGUUGGACAUCGGCUAGUGGAGGAUGUAGAUGGAGGGUUCACCAUGGUGGGGAGCUAUCCAAAGGGGUGUAGCUGGGAUAUGUGCUAUGGAAAAGAGGGCGAGGAAGGUAAAGUAGAAGCGGUGGGCCGUGUAGAAUGGUUAAAGAAGGAUCCACUGUAUGGGGAUGAUGGACCGGCUGUUUGGGAGAAGGAGAAAUUGGACCAGCUUCGGGGAGACAAGAGUGAGCUGUGA